AUGCACAUUGUUAUUCAUACACUGGGACCUACAAUAAAAGAAUUGUAUGUGGCAAUAAACGUGCUAAUCUUGUUCACAAUGAUAUAUUUCCUGGUUGUAACUUGCUGCGACUGGACUAAGCAAGUACUUUGGGCUCCACUGUUUUUGUUAAUGCUCACGGUCGUUUAUUCAAUAAUUGGCUACUAUGAAGUGGGUACAGCUGUCGGCAUUUUGCAGAUAUCAAUUACAGCGUUAAUAUACGCCUACCUCAUUGAACUGAAAUUAAAGUCGGACAGGGAUUGCCAUCAAACAGUCGGGUGUAUUAGGGAUGACAACAGUGAUGGCACACAUGAACUACAUGUAUGUCUACCACCGGAAAUAAGUGAAACGAGUUUGUGCGCUGAGAAUCUGGUGGCGCAGAAUCUAUGUAAUUGUCUAAUAAAUCGUGACAGCAGUGGGGGUGAAACUCUAGUCAGUGACCUUUAUGGAAUUUUAAACGUAGCAAUCAUGACCAUGCUGGUCUACUUCUUGGUGGUGAUCUACAAUGAGUGGCCUCAAUAUAGUAUCGUGGUCGCCACGUUGUCAAUGCUGAUUGACAAAACCUGCCAACUGAUUGACAAGCUAGGACCAAUAAUUAAAGAGAUAUACUAUACUUAA